UUGUGAGCUCCUAACCAGCUCCAGCUGAUCUGCAAACCAAAAAAAAUCAACUUGAGAAUCAGCAAGGAUGGUGCAUUGCUAUAACUCACACUGGCCACUGCUGUUGUUUGCUGCUCUGUGGAGCCUCAGCUACCCGAGUUUGCUGACUGCCUGGCCAGGUAUCGGUCGGAGCAAGGCCAAAGAUCAGUCAGACCCCAAUAUAAGGGACUGGGGAGACUAUUCAGACCUCCCUCCAGGAAUUGAGCAGGGACUAGGUUUGGACGAAGACAGAGAAUAUGGAAACCACAAAGGAGGUAGAGAGACAUCAUCAAGCUUGGCUCCGGAGCUGGAUUUCCUUGCUGACUUUGCAGGUAAAAAGCGGUUGUGGUUGAUAACAGCCCCCUCACACAAUGACCACUACCUUCGUAUGAUGGAGAAACAGCUGGAGGACAUGGAGCAGAAAGGGCUGAACUGUCAUCUGGCAGAAAGGGACACCUUCAUCAUCACCAUCAUCCAGAACGCCAUGAUGGAAGGUAGGAUCCAGAAGACAACUUUCCAAGGAGAUGCAACAGUAGAGAACCUCGACCCCGACACAGUUACUAAACUGCUGCACUACCUGGAUCUCACCAGUCAGGAUCAAGCAUUCACCAUGCUGGUUAUGAAGAAAAACCUACUGGUCAGUGAGCGGUUCCCCUAUCCAGUCCGUGUGGAGGCGAUCUUGGAGCUCAUUGAUCAGUUCCCCAUGAGGAAGCUGGAGAAGAUGACCAGGAAAGGAUCCAAUUUGAGGUGUAAAACCACCAAAAAGGUUUUGGUGAAAAAGAAGAAAAUGAGGAGGAAGACGGUGCUGAGCCCUCAGAGGCGAGGGAAUGUGACCUCUAUGGUGGCGACACAAAUGAAACCUCCCAUAGACAAAAAAGCUGCCCUAAAGAGCAGGAUCCAGGAUAUACUGAAUGGACGGUCAAGGUUUGUCAUCCGGAAGGAGCCAGCUGUGGGGUCCACAAGGGGAAAAUAUUCAACUAGUGGUGGUCGAACCUCAUCUAAUGGACAAGAAAAACAAAAUACACACAAAACUCAGUCUGUGUCCAGGAGCAAUGAGGAAGUGAAGAAAGACAGGCCUGACUCCUCUGUGGAAGAAGGAAAGAAAAGACAUGGAUCGAAAAACAGUGAGGAUACGACAGAGAGUGUAAAAGAUGACACACAGGAAAAACAGAGCUCUAAGAAAAAGGGGAAAGGGAAAAAGGGAAAGAAAGGGAAAGGAAGAGGGAAAAAGUCUAACAGAGAGGCAAGUGAGAAGGAUAAAACAGCCCUAAAGGAGUUUAUGGAUAAUUUAAAGGGGACAAGAAGGUUGAUGCUGAUCUCGACACCCAGCAGAGAAGCAACACUGUACCUUCAGCAAAAAGAGGAGAGCGAGAAGCAACACUGUGACCUCGCUAUGAGGAAGAUCACUGUGGCAACCAUUGUGGGUGAAGGCAGUGAAACCACACUCACGCUACGACACCACCAGCUUGAGUCAGAGCCUCCACUCAGCGGCCUACCAGAAAACUUCUCAGAUUCAGGUCUGAUCUCCCUGUUGAGAGCAGAGCUGGGUCUGUCAUCCCCUGACCUCUUUUCAAUGACUGUCACAGACUACGACAUCAAGCCCAAUAGAGUGUUUGAAGCUCCUCCAUCAAGCCCCGCACUGUUUGAGUACAUUGACAACUUUCCCUCAAGGCGCGCAGAAAAAGAGAAAGAAAAGAAAAGUCCUCCAACCUGCUUCAACAACAAGCAACAGCCUGAGGCCGAGAAUUCAUUACUCAGGUUCAUGUCUAAGAGGAGACUGCUACUCAUCUCUGCUCCCUCUGAGGAUGACUACUCUUUCCAGCAGCAGCUGACUGCUCUCAAUGGACAGGAGUGUCACCUGGGCAUUCGCCACUUUGCCAUGUUGAAGCUGAUUGGGGUUGGAGACAAAGCUUCAGGGACUGUUGAGUUAUUUCCCCUCAAUGGUCGUAGUCAGAGUGAGGUUGAGCUGUUGUCCCGUGACAUGGUCAACAAUCUAAAAGAACAGCUGAAGAUCAGUAAGGACUAUUUCAGCAUGCUGGUGGUGGGGAAAGACAGCGAUGUCAAGGCAUGGUUCCCGUCACCCAUGUGGUCUUUGGAUAACAUCUACGACCUGGUGGAUUCCAUGGAGCUUCGCCUGCAGGAGGAGAAGCUGCAGAAGAGGCUGGGGAUCUACUGCCCUGAGGACAGAGGAAUAGGAGGGAAUGAGGGGGGACAUUAUGGUGGCUAUGAUGAAGAUGGUGCAGAGGAGGCAUACUCGUAUCACCGGUCAGAAGAAUGA